CUUGAGAUUCAUUUGCUUGAGAAAACUCAGAUCUUAAUACACUACAUUGAUCUUAGCUACUACAACUUCCCUCAACACCUUUGUUCUUUCUUCAUCGUCUGCUGCACUUGAUUUUUCCAAUCAUGGCUGCAAAACUUGAAGGUGGAGCUUAUCUGUCUUCUUUUGUUGAUGCUAUUUCAGAGAAGCUGUCUUCAAUACUUGAAGAUGACUCCGUCCUCGAGGGAAACGAAUCUGCCCUGGAGUUGCUUGGAAGGUUGGAGGAAACUCUGUCUGAUGUUGAACCUGUGCUUGAUGAUGCUGAGCUGAAGCAAUUUAGUGACAAGAGAGUGAAGAAGUGGCUUGUUGAUCUCCAAGAUGCUCUCUAUGUGGCUGAUGACUUGCUUGAUGAACUCUCCACUAAAGCUGCUACUGCCAAUCCAAGGGAUCCAGGUAACUCUUCCUUCUGGUCUCGCGCUGUUGAUUCAUGUAUUGAAGAUAGUGGUGUCAAUGUCAUCGAAAAAAUAGUUGGCACACUAGAGUCUGUUGUAGGACGAAAAGGUAAACUUGGUCUGAAAGAGAGUGCCAAGUUGGACACAUCAUGGAGAAUCCCAUCAACAUCUCUUGUUGUAAGUUCUGACAUAUUUGGUCGGGACGAAGACAAGGAGAACAUAAUCAAAUUGCUGUUAGAUGAUACCUGCGAUGCUGGAUCACGUGUGACUGUGAUCCCCAUCGUGGGAAUGGGCGGAAUAGGAAAAACUACUUUGGCUCAACUUGUUUACAAUGAUGCCAAAGUCGUUGAAAAAUUUGACACUAGAGCAUGGGCAUGUGUUGCUGAAAAUUCUGACCCUGUUAAUGUUACAAAGACAGUAAUAGGGGCAAUAGAUUCUUCUCCCUGUACCAUGGAUAAUUUUGAUUUACUUCAGACUAAGUUGAAGGAAAAGUUGACAGAAAAGACAUUCUUAGUUGUUUUAGAUGAUGUCUGGCAUGAUCGACGAGACAUGUGGGAGGAUUUUCUGAAACCUUUUCAUUAUGGGAAUAAUAAAAGUAAGAUUCUCCUAACAACCCGUAGUGAAAAUGUUGCUUCUGCGUUUGCUGCUAAUAAUCUACAUUAUCGACUGAGUUUAUUGUCGAAGGAGGAUUGUUGGUCGGUGUUUUUGAAGCAUUCAUCUAUUUCUACUCAUCUUAAACAAUAUGCAACUCUGGAACCAAUUGGUAGAAAAAUUGUUGAAAAAUGUAAGGGGUUACCUUUGGCUGUGAAGACACUUGGGGGUUUAUUGCGUAAUAAGGAUAAUAAAGGAGAUUGGGAGAAUAUACUUGAAAGUGAGAUUUGGGAACUCGCAGAAGAUAAUAGUAAGAUUGUUCCUGCAUUAAGAGUUAGUUAUCAUUACCUCCCUUCACAUUUAAAGCGGUGUUUUGUUUAUUGCUCAUUAUAUCCCGAGGAUUAUCAAUUUGACAAAAGCCAAUUAAUUUUGUUAUGGAUGGGUGAAGAUCUUUUACGACCAAAGAAAAACAGUACACUAGAAAAUAUUGGUUGUGCAUAUUUUGAUGAGUUAGUUGCAAGGUCAUUUUUUCAACCCUCCAAUACUAAUAAAAAGUUAUUUGUAAUGCAUGACCUCAUGCAUGAUUUAGCAACAUUUUUUGCUGGAAAUUUUUUUUUCAAAUUAGAAUUUGGCAAUCCAUACAUGAUGGACAAUAAAACCCGUCAUUUGUCAUGUGCUGCAAAAUAUGAGGAUAGCAUCAAAUUAUUUCGAGAGGGCUAUAAUGGAGCAGUAUGCACCAGAACAUUUUUAGAUUUUUCUGUGCUUCCCUAUUUUGAGUCACGUGAUAUUGAAGGGCAUCCUAGGCUUUUACGACAACAAUUGAGAGUUUUGUCAUUAACUAUAAAGUCAAUGCCUGAUUCAAUAGGUGAACUGAUUCAUUUGCGUUAUUUGAAUCUUUCUAAGUCACCUAUUGUGGCAUUGUCUGAGUCAAUAUGUGAAUUAUACAAUCUCCAAACUUUGUUGUUGAGGAACUGUUAUGAGCUAGAGAUGCUUCCCAGCCGCAUGCAAGAUCUUGUGAACCUGCGCCACCUUGAUAUUCGAGGUGCUUCUCGUUUGAAAGAGAUGCCGAAGGGAAUGAGCAAGUUAAAGCAUCUACAGUUCUUAAGUGAUUAUAUUGUCGGCAAGCAUGAAGAGAAUGGGGCAGCAGAAUUGGGAACACUGGACAAUCUUCAUGGCUCCUUUUGCAUUUCCAACUUGGAGAACGUCAAGAAUAGUGGUGAAGCUUUGGAGGCAAAGAUGGGUAACAAGAAGCACAUCAACACUUUAAAAUUGUAUUGGCCUCCAGAUGGUGACAUUGAUGAUGUUCAAACUGAAAGAGAUAUACUUGACAAGUUACAACCUCAUCAAAACUUGAAAGAGUUAUCAAUUCAUGGUUACCGGGGUGAAACAUUUCCAGAUUGGUUAGGCCUUUCUGGCUACUCCAAUAUGACCAAAUUGAUUCUAUUUCGUUGUAUGAAUUGUUGUGAGUUUCCUUUACUGGGACAGUUACCCUCUUUACAGCAUCUGGAGGUUUAUGAACUUGAUGGAGUGGAGAAAAUUGAUUUUGAGAUCUACAACAAAAACAAUGCAUCCUUACAGCCGGAGACACCAUUCAAAUCUCUUGAAACUCUGAAAAUACAUGAUAUGUGUGGUUGGCGGGAGUGGCAUAUUCCUGAUGAGUUUGAUGGUUUUCCUGAGCUUAGAGUCCUUGAAAUAACAAACUGUGGGGUGUUAAGAGGAGAUCUGCCUGCUCAUCACCUUCCGGCUCGGGAGGAACUUACCAUUGCUGAUUGUGAAGAGCUCGCAUGUUCGCUGCCGAGGGCCCCCAAGCUUCACCAGCUUAACGUACGUAACCGUUUUUCAAAAUCAAGGGUGAGUACGGGACCGCACAAGGUAGUGAUUUCGAAAACCCAGCUGGCGAAGUCCGCAUUGGAGUGCCUGUCCCACAUCCAGUCGCCACGUGUCCAAUAUCUGGAUAUCAGAGGCUGUGAGUCAGCCUUAUCAAUUUCAGCAGACUGUGUGCCCGCUUCAUUACAGUAUCUGCAGAUCCAGGACUGUUCAAAAUUAACAUUUUCAGAGCAACUGCAACACAAGUCGCUAACGGAGAUAUCUAUACAGUGGUGUCAUUCACUGACGUCGUUUUCAUUGGGGGCCCUUCCAAAUCUCCAGAAACUCACAAUCAGUGGAUGCGGAAAAGUGGAAUAUGUUGAGGUGCCACAGGCUCUUCCAAGUCUCCGUUAUGUAUGGAUCUCAAACUGCCGUAGUUUAGUAUCCUUGCCGGCGCUAGGGUUGGUUGCGCCCCACCUAGAGGAGCUAAAGAUCAACGAUUGCUUAGAAAUCGAUUGUUUUGCUGGGAAGUUCCUCCCGCCGAGUUUAAAAAAACUUGAAGUCUGUAGGUGCGAGAAACUAGCGAGUUGGAUAACAUCAAAUGGUUUGCAGAGUGAAGGCCUUACGUAUCUUCUCCUUGAGAAUUGGAAUGAAGUUAAGUCAUUCCCAAGUGAAGGUCUCCUUCCUGCUUCUCUCGAGUCUCUAAGACUGCGGUGCUUUCCAGAUCUGGAGACGCUUGACUGCAUGGGGCUUCGCCAUCUUACCUCCCUACAACAUUUAGUAAUUAGCUGCAGUGAAAAGCUUGAGAAUAUCACAGAAGAACAUGUGCUUGCCUCCAUAGAAAAAAUCUACAUAGGGAGUGAAAGUCCUUUGAGGCUUAAGCUAGAAGAGAUUGAAGACAUACGGAUUCAUUUCGUCCAUGAUAAUGAUUACUAUUACUAUUGAUUCUGAUUUUACACCAUUUCACAUGUGAUGAGAGCAGUAAGCAGUGGCAUACAGCAUACUCAUGCAUUGGGUCUUCUGGAUUUGCACUCAUGGAAUUCUAUUAUGUGUUGCUCAUCUGACUCUUGUCAUUGGAUGGGGUGUGUGAUUAUGCAAAAACUGAAUGUUAGUAUCCCAAACACUUCUGGAAGAUUGAAGAGCCAACAUUAAUACAUGGCUGAGGCAAGGUGAGAAUUGGGGUGCACUAAAGUUUAUGAAUGGAGCAACUUGCUAUACCAAUGAAUCUCUAGAACCACCACUAUGUCAAUUAAAGAAUUUGCUUCUGCUGCAAAGAAAACAAAUAAUCAAGGUUACAUACGGUAUUCAGCCUUCCAGAGACACUGAAAGCAGUAUGAUUCCUUCCCUGAAACUGUUGAACCUAUGAUGGGAACUGCUAGCUUGUGUGACACAGAAAAACUGGUAGCUAUUCAAUGCUUGGUUGCACAACAUCACCUGCUUCUUUAAUCGGUGGCUUUUUCAUCAAUAAAAGUCCUUUGCCAGGUGAACACAGACAAAAGAAGGAAAACUUCUUGAAUCCUCAAGAAGGAAGAGCUUUCCUUCUUCCACGUAAAUCUUGAACCAUUCAAGUGAUUUUGGGAUAUGUAAGAGGUCAUGGGGUCUGCAUGAAUAAAAGG